CUUUCUCUUGUUUUUGUUCGAACAAUCCAUUUCUUUUCUAAUCUGUGUGUUUCAUGGAAUCCAAACCGUCACACUAUCAGUUAGCAUUUUUCUUUCAGCAGAACAUGGAAUCAAACGUGUCCAUUCCAAUUAGCAAUUUAGCAUUAUAUGGCUUUCAAGACUAUCAAGCGCUGGCUUGAAUCCCCUGUCGUCCCCAUCUCCAUGAAUUUACUUUCCGGGAAAGCAGAGCGGCAAGGGAAACAAGUAACACAAAGCAAAGACCAAGACACUGCGGACCCAAGAGUCGGUGAUAUCCGUUCUCUCGCACCGACUUUCUUAUUUGGGGCGGGUCAGUGUCCUCCUGAUCUUCUUUCUCUUCAAGCUGCCUCCGCCUGCAGCUUCGUCUCUAGAACUUUGAUCAAGUUAUUUAAGCAUGAACAGCUGGAGUCCACGUCAACGACACUCUUUCUGAUCAAUAGUAUAUGAAAAAAAAUGUUAAAAUUGAGACUUGUGUAAUACAAAGUUUUCCUAAAACAGAUUUCUCCUCUCAUCAAAAAUGUUAAAGGUUAAAGCUAAUUAAUGUCUAUUUUCUAAGAUACAACGAUUUAU